AUGAGCUUCAUCGACGACAUUCUGGAGGAUUACGACAAAAGGCUGUGGCCGACGUACGGAACUGAUGAGCCAACAAUGGUGGAAGUCGAGCUCUGGGUCAACAGCUUCGGGCCCCUGGACAAUUCCAACAUGGACUACACGGUGAACCUGUACCUACGCGAGUCCUGGUUCGACCCACGGCUCAGUCUGCUGCGGCACGGCGUCAACGAGACGUUCGUGAUCAAUGGCGGAGACAUCGCCGGCCAGCUGUGGAAACCCGACCUCAUAUUCGUCAACGUAAAGGCGGCCCGGGUGCAGGAGAUCACCGUGCCCACCAGCCUCGUGGAGAUCCCCCAGGCCCGAGUGGCCCUGGGUGCGGUGACGCUGCUCACGCUAGUGUCGCUGGCGAGCAGCGUUCGUACCACCAUUCCGCGAGUCGCGUACGUGAAGGCCAUCGACGUGUGGUACGCCACCUGCAUCAUCUUCGUCUUCGCCGUGCUCAGUGUGGCCACCUGCACGCACUACCUGGUGCGCGUGCGCCUCAGGCCGCUCUGCGUACGACGCGUGGACCACUGGGUCGUCGACAUGUAUCAGUAUAGGACAGUAUGA